AUCAUGGUGUAACUGUGUGUGUGAUGGUGUGUGAUGUGUCCAGACUCUGUCAGGCUGCUGAAUGGAUCCAGUGUGUGUUCAGGCAGACUGGAGGUGAAGUCUGACCAGACCUGGUCCUCAGUGUGUGAAGCUGACUUUGACCAGCAGGAUGCAGAGGUGGUCUGCAGGGAGCUCGACUGUGGGCCUCCUUCAGUCCUCCAGGGGGCGCUCUAUGGAGAAGGGGAGGCUCCCAUGUGGACCAAAGAGUUCCAGUGUGGAGGCCAUGAGUCUGCUCUGCUGGACUGUAGAAGCUCAGACUCUGAUAGAAACACCUGCUCACCUGGCAGAGCUGCUAGACUCACCUGCUCAGAUCCUGAUGAUGUCAGGUUGGUGGGAGGAGCCAGUCGCUGUGCAGGAAUACUGGAGGUGAACCUGGGAGAAUGGAGACCAGUGGGUGUUGUUAACUGGACCCUGAAAACUGCAGCUGUUUUCUGUGAACAUCUGGACUGUGGUUCUGCUGUUUCUGUGGGAAAGAGAGAGGAGACCUUUUACAGAUUUGUGUGGUGGAUCGAACCUGACUGUGUUCAGUCUGGAUCUCCUCUGAGGGAAUGUGCAUUAUCCUAUUUCUCCACUUCCUCCAUCCUGGAUCUCACCUGUUCAGGUCCAGCAGAUCCAACAGUUCUUCUCAUCAAAGUGGUGGUCCUGCCUCUGACUCUGCUGCUGCUCAUCACCGUCCUGUGUUUCUACUGCCGGGCCAGCAGGGGGCAGAGGUGGAGCAGACAGGAGAACGUGGAGCUGGUUGAGUUAAACCUCGGUGUGGCUGCAGCUGAAGGAGGGCCGACUGGAGCUCAGGAAGCAGAGGAAAACCUCUAAGCAGCUCCUCUCAUGUCCUGAUGAGUUUUACAGCCGACACGCAACCAACCGUCAGCUCAGCCGAGGCUCUACCGUGGCCCUGAAUCAUCAUCAUCCCCCC